AUUAUAAGCCUCAACAUUGUGCUCUUCUCGUUCGGUCCCACACACCCCGACAGAUGUACGAAGAGCCCCGCCAGUCGUAAUGAAGACCACCUCUGCGGUUUCACAGCAUCCACUUAUUAGCCUUUUUGUCACUGCUCUCCUGCUGGUUCAUUCAGUAUCUGCUCUAACAUUUCCAGAAUGUAGAAAAAAAGUAUUGGGUUAUCUGAAUGGCUCAAGUGAUGUGAAUGGCCAGAUCUUCAUUGAUGGAUACGACUUCGAUCUCGUCUACCAUGGCUCUCUGCGCGGGUUCAGGGGAGAUCCCGGCACCCGCCCGCUGACACUGACGAAGGAGGGUUGCGACAUCAUGUGCGGUACGACGCCGGAUUACUACAGUGUGACAGACGCAUUUCAGAUCCUCACAACUUGGAUAUUCCCGACCCUGGCUCUCAUGAGCCAACUACCGUACGAGUCGCUUUCUUACAGGAAGAUCAAGAACGCAGAAGCUUUCGCCAACUGGAUAGGCGCGCCAGCAGCCGCACUGACAACUACGAUGUGGAAUAUCAUGAUGAUCGCGAGGUGCCAGUCUUUCCCAUACUUAUUUCAUCUACGCGACGACCAGGACUUGAUCAAAGACGCGCUGUAUAUACUGAGCUGCAUCAACCAAUAUCAGUAUCCACGUCGGAAAAGCAACCGGGAGGAAGACAUGCGGAGAGACACGGCGUUACUCAGAGGCAUUCUGUUUCCCUACGUUCGUAGGGAUAGCCCCGAGCUCACACCAGCCAUGCGCCAAAGACUCGUGCAUCUCACGAAACAUCUUGCCUUCCAUCUGCGGCAGUAUCGGCGCAAAGGUGUCUAUCCAAUUUACAUCAGCAUCAUCUGGUUCGGUAUUGCGUUCGCCUUCUCAAUAGUUAUUGCAUUUGCCACACUGGGAGACAACUCGACGGCCCACUCUUUAGCACUGGGGCUUCUCCUCUCAUGGGUCCCAGUGGUAGUGUUCGCCUCGGUGGUCGACCGGAACCCAACCUCGGACACACGAUGCAAGGUGCUCAUUGAGCGGUGGAUGUACAAUAUCGACCUCCUCUUCGAGCAGGGCGUGGAGGCGUGGGUACCAUGGCGGGCCCCGGACGGCACGCAAGACGGGGACGAAACGGACGAUUUUGACAUCGGGUCCUUCAUGGGCCAGGGGCGCACGCUGCGGUACUGCGGGGUGACUGAUACUGUUCUGGACAAAAUUGCCAACCGCGGCAAAGCGCCCAUCAAUCUGCUGGCAUUUGCCGACCGAGACGACUUCCUCAAGUUUCAAAAGUCUCUGACGAUCCGCCCGGCGGGCUGGUACGUUGUAUGGCUGAUCAGCCAGUUUGUUGUCACCACCAGCUUUGCGAUGGCAUUCAUGGUCUCCUUCAACACUCCAACGGUCGGUCUAGGCUGCCGCUCACUGAUGUACGUCGUCUGGUACGCGCUCACACUUCCUUCAUGGAUCCUUCUCGGCAUACAACAGGAGCCGUGGGUCAACAUCCGGAAAGCCAUGAUGGUGCCCAACGCUCUUGCAGUUGUUAUGAUCGCGGGGAUAAUGACAGUGCAUGCAAUCGGCGGGUUGAAUAACUGCACAUGCAAGUCGAGCGUCUUUGGUACGUCAAACUACGGAGGUUACAUGGAUUUCGAAAACGGGCAGUUUUACCAGGAGCACUAUGAUGUGCGCGUGUGGUGGGGAGUAGGGACCGGGGUUGGAGGUGCAGUCCUUGUUCUGUCGCUUGCUUGGCUCGCUUGGAAAUGGCACAAGGCAUCUGGGCUUUGGAAGGUGACUGGGGACACGAAGCUGACCGUCAGCGACGAAAUGCCCUUGCAGUGGUUGACUUAAUGGAACGUGCGGCGAAGAGUCGGUGAUAUUAAUGCAGAUUAAACCACCCGCAAAUUCUCAGGGUCAGAGGCAUAAUUCAUGCGCACUUGACACCGAGUGUGUAGUGAUAGGUUAGUACUCGACGACUAAAAAGCGUCUCGAUAAUACAGUAUUCACAGCAA